AUGGAGGGCCUGCCAUUGUUAAUGCUGAUCGUUUACUCGAUUCUGGCCUAUACCACGCCGCACACUUGGGCCAGAAGCUGCAGUCGUCCAGCCGUUGGGUUAAAGUCCAACAAUAUCGCUGAUAUCGAAGAAACCCAAAUCGAUCUCAGUCAGUUAAGUGAAAAGCAAUUGAAACAAUUGGUCCAACAACUGGCCAAGUUUCAGACCCAAAAGGAUAUAGAAGAGGAUGAUGAGGAUGGCGAGGAGGAAGAACAGUCUUUGGAGGAGGAUUACGAGGAUCACAGAGGUAGCAGUCGUCCUUGGAACAAGGUCCAGAGGAUUAUACGAAGACAGUUGGUGAAAAUACCAAAAAGAUAUUUGAAGAAGCUACUGCGGCAGUUCGGUUUGGCAAGAUCGAGUGGAGUUGGAAUUGGUAGUGUUCGGAGUGGAGGUAAUUUGAGGAUACCAUUGGAGGAGUAUUAUCUUAUACCAUUGGAGUAA